UGGUAGAGGCUGCCGGUCUCUUUAAGGCUCUGCCGCGCCUGCGCCUUGGGCUUUCCUGACGCGGCCGGCCAGACCCUGGAGUAGCCUGCGGGCGGGCAGGGUUGGGGUCGGGUAGUAGUUAAGGCAGUGGCUGUGCCCAGAGGGGUGGUUGAGGGUUGGAGGCGGCUCUGAGCUCGUCAGUGAGCUCGGCGCUUGAGAACGGGCGGGGAAGGCGGCCCGCGGAGUCGAAGCCGGGGCCGAGGCGCUGAGACGCGGCGGCGAGGCUGCCGGCUGGAUGGGAAGUUAAUGUUUACGGCGGAGUCCACCCAACGUUUCCAAGAGUUGGAACAAUACUUUCUUAUAACCUGCUUAAGAGAUUGAAGAUGUAUAUUACAAUUGCACCAGCCUUAAAUCCUAUUGGAACAAGCUGAAUCUGCUUAGGAGUUGGGCAUGAUUUAUGAAUAUGUGGACAUAUGUGUAAUGCACUGAAUAUCAGAGGUGGCGACAGACAAGGUUGCAGAAAAGCUGAGUUCUACUCUCUCAUGGGUGAAGAACACAGUAUCACAUACAGUCAGUCAGAUGGCCAGUCAGGUGGCAAGUCCAUCUGCCUCAUUACACACUACAUCCUCAUCUACCACACUAUCCACGCCAGCCCUUUCACCAUCUUCCCCUUCACAGUUGAGUCCAGACGACUUAGAACUCCUGGCUAAACUGGAGGAACAAAAUAGAUUGUUAGAGACGGAUAGUAAGUCUUUAAGAUCUGUAAAUGGGUCAAGAAGAAACAGUGGCUCCUCCCUUGUAUCAAGUUCAUCAGCCUCUAGCAACCUCAGCCACCUUGAAGAAGAUUCUUGGAUUCUUUGGGGAAGAAUUGUUAAUGAAUGGGAAGAUGUACGCAAAAAGAAGGAAAAGCAAGUUAAGGAGCUUGUUCGUAAAGGGAUACCUCACCAUUUUAGAGCAAUAGUUUGGCAACUUUUAUGCAGUGCACAAAGUAUGCCAAUUAAGGAUCAGUAUUCAGAACUCCUGAAAAUGACCUCACCUUGUGAAAAAUUGAUCCGAAGGGACAUUGCUAGAACUUAUCCUGAACACAAUUUCUUUAAGGAAAAAGACAGCCUUGGACAGGAGGUUUUAUUUAAUGUAAUGAAGGCAUAUUCUUUAGUGGAUCGUGAGGUUGGUUACUGUCAAGGAAGUGCUUUUAUAGUUGGAUUGUUGCUUAUGCAGAUGCCAGAAGAAGAAGCUUUCUGUGUAUUUGUUAAAUUAAUGCAAGAUUAUAGACUUCGUGAACUUUUUAAGCCAAGUAUGGCAGAAUUGGGCCUAUGUAUGUACCAGUUUGAAUGCAUGAUACAGGAGCAUCUUCCAGAGCUCUUUGUACAUUUUCAGUCUCAGAGUUUUCAUACCUCAAUGUAUGCAUCAUCCUGGUUUCUGACUAUCUUUCUUACGACUUUUCCAUUACCAAUUGCAACAAGGAUAUUUGAUAUCUUUAUGUCUGAGGGUUUAGAAAUAGUAUUUCGAGUAGGAUUGGCACUUCUUCAAAUGAAUCAGGCAGAACUGAUGCAACUUGACAUGGAAGGGAUGUUACAGCACUUUCAGAAGGUCGUUCCACAUCAGUUUGAUGGUGGCCCAGACAAAUUAAUCCAGGCAGCUUACCAAGUCAAAUAUAACUCAAAAAAAAUGAAAAAGCUUGAAAAGGAAUAUACUACAAUAAAAACUAAAGAAAUGGAAGAGCAAGUUGAAAUUAAAGUAAGCAUCUCAGGACUUUUAAAAAGAUUACGCACAGAAAAUAGACUUUUAAAACAGCGCAUUGAAACAUUAGAAAAAGAAAGUGCUUCCUUGGCAGAUAGAUUGAUACAGGGACAAGUGACAAGAGCCCAGGAGGCUGAGGAAAACUACCUCAUAAAACGGGAGUUGGCCACCAUCAAACAGCAGAGUGAUGAGGCCAGUGCUAAACUGGAGCAAGCUGAAAAUACCAUCAGGAAGCUCCAGCACCAACAACAAUGGCAUAAAUGCAAUUCCAACUACAAUGAAGAUUUUGUGCUGCAACUAGAGAAGGAAUUGGUCCAAGCUCGUCUGAGUGAAGCUGAGUCUCAGUGUGCACUAAAGGAGAUGCAGGAUAAAGUCCUGGAUAUAGAGAAGAGAAACAACUCCUUUCCUGAUGAGAAUAACAUUGCAAGGCUUCAGGAAGAGCUCAUUGCUGUGAAACUGAGAGAAGCAGAAGCUAUUAUGGGUUUGAAAGAACUUAGACAACAAGUCAAGGAUUUAGAGGAACACUGGCAGCGCCACUUAGCUCGUACUACUGGGAGGUGGAAAGAUCCACCAAAGAAGAAUGCUGUGAAUGAGUUACAGGAUGAACUGAUGACCAUUCGACUUAGAGAAGCUGAAACUCAGGCAGAAAUAAGAGAAAUAAAACAAAGGAUGAUGGAAAUGGAAACACAGAAUCAGAUCAAUAGUAACCAUCUUCGAAGAGCGGAACAAGAGGUGAUCAGUCUACAUGAGAAGGUGCAGUAUCUUUCUGCACAGAACAAAGGACUACUUACUCAAUUAAGUGAAGCAAAGCGCAAACAAGCAGAGAUUGAAUGCAAGAACAAGGAAGAAGUGAUGGCUGUGAGACUCCGGGAAGCAGAUAGCAUAGCUGCUGUGGCUGAAUUACAGCAGCACAUUGCUGAGCUGGAAAUCCAGAAAGAAGAAGGAAAGCUUCAAGGACAGCUUAACAAGUCUGAUUCUAACCAGUAUAUUAGGGAACUGAAAGAUCAGAUAGCAGAGCUGAAUCAUGAGCUCAGGUGCCUAAAAGGACAGAGGGUCUUCUCAGGCCAGCCUCCUUUUGAUGGAAUCCACAUUGUCAACCAUUUAAUAGGAGAUGAUGAAUCAUUCCAUUCCUCUGAUGAAGAUUUUAUAGAUAAUUCUUUACAGGAGAGUGGUGUUGGUUUUCCUUUGCACAGAAAAGCUGGCCCAACGUCUUUGGACCCCGCUGUGGCAGAUGGUAGUGAAAGCGAAACAGAAGACAGUGUGCUGGAGACCAGAGACAGCAACCAAGUGGCUCGAAAGGAGCAGUCCCCAAGAAAAGAGUCGUACUCAACCACUGUCUGACCAUCACUGUGAACUAGACUGUGGGGUUUUUUAAGGGACCGGUUAUCAUAUGAUUAAGGGUUUUUGGAACAUGUCUGUUUCAUAUGUAUAUACGUAUAUACAUACAUACAUACAUACAUACAUACAUAUAUAUAUAUAUAUAUACAUAUAUAUUUUACAGUCUGCCUUUUUAUCGUUGCCAAAUCUUCACCACUGACUUACCAUUGCCAUAAAGUAGACUGGAAUAUGGUUAAUGGGAAAAAUAAGAUUCUAACAGUAUUACUGAAUAUUAAUGUUUCUUAUUUAGAAAAUUCAAUUAUGUCUAUAUGUGGGAAGCAUUUUCAAGUUCAGAACAAUGGAAAAUUGGAUUUUCUUCAGACAAAACUGCUUUUGUGCAAUAUUUCACGCUCAUUCAACAAAUUAUUAUGUUUAUCAAUUUGUUUUCAUAGCAGCUGUCUGUAAACAUUUGACCAAGAUAUACAUAUAAUUUAUCUUGUGUUUUUGUGUUGGGGGAAUUUUUUUUUCCAGUUAAAGUUACUGUUUUAGUAGUGGGCCACUGAAAGCUCCCAACCACAAAGGCUUUUUUUCCAUAUAAUUUUGCAAACACAAAAUUAUGGUCAUCUGUCUUGAGAGUUUUAAGUUUUGUUUUAAUUUCUAACUUUUAUGUGCAUAUGAUGCUUCCAUGUGUUGCCUACUGGUCAGAGUAGUAGGUUAACUACAAAUAAAUUGUGUUGUCCAUAUUUAUACAUCUGUAUCACCCAGCACUGAACAUCAUUUUAUAUGGAGAAUGUAUGUGUUGCAAAAUGACUGCCUUCAGCAUUCUAACAGGACUUCUGUAAAUAAUAGGUUAAAAGAAAAUUGAAAAUGAAACCAAACACUAAUAUUUUAAUAGCUUUAGUAUUUUGCUUAGUAUUCAACACUAGCAGAUUCAUGAGUUAACUAAUGCUUGCUUCAAAAACACUAUUGGUGACAUAUUUUACUUCAUGUGUAUAUAACUAAUAAAUUUUUCAUGAUUAAAGAGGUUAUAGCACAUAUUACUUAGUGCUAAUAUCUACUUAAUAUAAUUUAAGCAAUGGACUGAUGUCCAAGAUACACAAAAAUUAUAUCUGCAAAUAAUCUACAAGCAUUAUCUUCAGAUUCUCUUGUUACUAAUCCAUAGAUGAAGCCAUAAGAAUUCUUUCCUACCAGUUCUUCAUUUUUAUCGUCUAGACUUUUUUCCUAGAAAUCUGAAUGCCUGUCAUUGAUAGAUUGGUGGAAUACCAAAUUACACUUAGAUUGUGUAAAGAUAACAAGAAUGUGUUGACUGGAUGCUUUCCACUCUCAUUUUCUUCAGCAGCCUAUGAAAAAAAUGGCCUUCAAGGAUAAGAGGAAAGUAGAAUUCUGUAUAUAUGGAGAUGCAACUUUGCACAAUAUGUUGCAUGCAGGAAAAAAAUUUAUAUGACAGAAUGGAGUAGAAAAGACAAAAUAGUUUUGUACCUAAAACUAGGAGUUAAGCCUUAUGGUAUAUCACGAAGUAGGCUUUUCCAGCAAGCCCUUUGUAGGCUUGAGAAACAAGCUUGAAAAUAUGCUUGUUUUGUCCGUAUCACCAGGUUAAAUUCUAGUGAUUAAUUUACCUGUGGUCACAAAUUAGUAAGUAGCAGAGCCAAAAUGUUAAUCGAUAUGUCUGACACCAAGCUGAAAAGCCUUAGCUAAUGGAUUUCUCAAUUCUCUACUUUUCUGACAAUAUGAUUGAAAUGUUUCCUGAAUAUAUAUAGAUCUAUAUCUAUGUAUAGAUAUUAGUAUCAACACUCAUAAACUCUACACAGCUUAUGAGUGUAGAUACUGUUACUAGAAUCAUCUAACUGGUGCUUUUGGGAUUCUCUUUUGGGGUUCAGUACUGUUAGCCUAGAGGCCUUGAUGCCCAGGUAAAAUGAGAUGAGUCAUGGCUACAUGAUUGCUUUGACCCCCACAUUAAGAAAUCUAAAUGAUCUAGACCAAGGGUCAGCAGCUACAGCCCAUGAGCCUAUUUGAGCCAGCUUCCUGUUUUUACAUGACCCACAAAAAUAAGAGUGGUUUUUAAUUUUUAAAUACUUGGGGAGAAAAAUCAAAAACACAAUAACGUUGUGUCACAUGAAAAUCAUAUGAAAUUGUGUCAAUACAUAAAAUUUUUUGGACCUUACCUCCAUGCUUAUCCAUUUACAUAUAGUCUAUGGCUGCUUUUGUGCUACCAUGGCAGACUUGGGUAGUUUCAACGGAGACUGUAUGGCACAAACAGCCUUAAAAUAACUACUAUCUGGCGCUUUAGAGAAAAAGUCUGUGGACCCUUGGUUUAGAUACUGUAAAAUGUAGGUUAAUUCUUAAGUUUGUCUUAGUAGAAGAUUGAACUAUUUGCUUUUGCUGUUGAACUAAUGGUUUGGAAGCCUAAAAUGUCCUAGUGAUUCUUAAACUCAUAACUAUUCAAAAUGGAAAAUGUUCCAGCUGUUUUAUAUCAUGAAGUCUUUGAUGCCACCGAAAAUUUUGGAAGGAUGUCUGUACCUUUGGAAAUGGAGAAAGACAGGGAAGAAUUCCAGAAUCCCAGCACUGUUCUUUCAAGCAUGCGUAUUGACCUUUAGGGUAUGCCUCAAUGAGUCAAUAUUUUAAUUUGACUUUAAGGACCUCUUUCUAGAAUUGUGGUAAAUUUGAAAGAUAUUCUCAGAGCAUUUUCUAAGUACUGUUUUCUGGUUAGGAAUUAGGUUUUAAAAGAAUCAUGGUAAAUAAACCUUAAUCCAUUGAUAUUCUUAUAAUUUGGACAGUGAAAAAAUAGAAACAACAAUCGUCUCAUGCAAGAGCUUUGAUUCAAAUACUCCUUAGAAAGGUUUAAAAUCUUCCUGGUUUUUUGGAUGCAAUAGGUUACUAUGCCCUAAUUUGACAUUCAAAUUAAGACUUCUGAGGUAUUGGAAAAUGUUCUCUUGAUAGAUUUUAUUUAGUCUCUGGUACUUUGUGUCAUUUAAAUGUUACUCAGUUAAACACCUAGAGUUGGAAGAAUAUUCAGGGAGGAAAAAGUGAAUAAAAUAACAAACUCACACAAAAAAGUACUCUCUCAGGAUAGGUACCUUCAUGUCAUUGCUAUCUAGGUUGAAACGCUAAAGGUAGAGGCUACAGGUGAUCUGAAUAAAGUGGAAAUUGCAUUGAGGUGAUGAAACAGAACUUUUAAAUCAAGCAAAUAUUUCAACAGCCUUUUAAAAAUCAUUGGUAAAUUUUUCUUCCUGAAAAAAGCAGUCAAAGAUAAAACAUUGCACAAUUUCUUCCCUAAUGGAUAUUACAUACUCAGUGUUUGAUGAUUAAUUGAGACAUCAAGUCUCAAUUAACUGGCAGGCUAGUUUGGAAGAAAAAAAACCAACUUUGUCUUAGCUCAGAGCUUGCAGCUUGUUACUCUCCAGAUAGUGCCUUUGAAAACAAAGUCUAGGCCUUUUAAAGUAUUUUAUUUCUAACAUCAUAAAUGAAUUGGUUCCAUAUUCUCCUUUAUCUUUUACAUAAUACAUUAAAAUUUUCAGAUUUAAAGUAAAAUAAGUAUAUGAAUCGUAUUUUGGUAAAGCCCUUUUGUGGCCAGCUUGAUUAUUGCGUAGUACCAGACAUCAACAGCUAAUGGUUUAUGAAAUCGUUGAUUUACUUUAUUAAAAGUGUACUUUAGCCUGGAAGUUAUUGCUGCUCUAUCAUUAACAAAACAGUUUUUUAAACUAAUUAAUUUUAAUUGAAUUCAUUUUCCUGAAAUUAAAAUUCCUGGUUAAAAGUGGAGUGGAUGCUAUUUAUAUCCAACUUUUUACAUCACAUUUUCAUUGAUGUACCGUACCUAUCCUUUCUUUUCACUCCAAAGAAAAGAUGAUAGAAUAAUGCAUUAGAUAUACUAUAGAGAUGCACAAUUGUAAUGUUUUUCAUUUUACUGUUGGAAUUUCUUAUUAUAACAUUGUAUGAUAACCUGAAAUGUUUACUUGUGCCUUUGCUUUAAACAAUUAUUAAAGUUUUUCAUUUUAUAAGAA